AUGUCUUACAAUCUUCAACACUGUGUCCUGUGUCAGUGGUCAAGAUUUAUAACCCAUCGCCCAGCCCAGGGCAUUGGCCAGUGUCGGGAAGUGCAGUUCAGUCGACUACAAGUCGCGGGCUUUGCCAGUCCUGUCAUGACACUUCCAGCCAUGAACGCGGAGAAGGAGUGGUAUAUCUUGCCAAAGGGAGACCCCCAUGCGAGUGACUUCCCUUUAAUGGGGGGAGGUGAGAGCAUGGCCGCUGUCGUCGUCCUCUACCUGCUGACCGCCACACAGGGCCCGCGGCUGAUGUCCAUGUGCAAACCUUUUCAGCUCAACCUGCUGCUGAUCGUCUACAACUUCUUCAUGGUUGUCUUGUCAGUCUACAUGUUUACAGUGGGUGCCUACCUGACCAUUGCCACUGACCACAGCUUCGUCUGCACCACGGUGGAGGAGGCCCACAGCAAAGGACACUCGGCUUUGAUUUAUCACGGAGCAUGGUUGUUUGUGUUUUCGAAAUUACUGGAAAUGGCCGACACAGUGUUCUUCAUCCUGAGGAAGAAGUUUAAUCAAGUGACAUUUCUGCACGUGUAUCACCAUUCAAGCAUGUUUGUCUUCUCCUGGGUCGUUUUCAAGUAUGUGCCCGGCGGGCAGUUUCUCGUCUACCCUUUGUUCAACUCGUUCGUCCAUAUCAUCAUGUACACUUACUACGCACUGGCCGCCAUGGGACCGAGUGUCCAGAAGUACCUCUGGUGGAAGCGCUACCUCACAAUGUUGGAGAUCGCCCAGUUUGUGAUUCUGUUGGCCUUCACACUCGUCAACAUCGUGGCUGAGUGCGACUUCCCUAAAGGCUUCUCCUACGCAGCUUUGGUGUACGGCUUGACCUAUCUGCUGCUCUUCAUCAACUUCUACCGCAGGUCCUUCUCCAGCAAGGACAAGGGCCAGUGAGACACAGGACACAUUGAGAAACCAGCAUCUGGAGAAGUUGUUUUGCUGGGUAAAAGAAGGUAGCCGUGCAGCUGUCCGGUGAUUUCUUCCCACCCCGACAUCUCUCAUCUUUAUCUAAACACCUUUUAGACAACUGAGGCUUUUUUGUGUAAUGUCAGAAGUCUUUCCAUAGUCUGUUGGUUCCUUUCAUUGUCAGGACACGUACAGAAACAUUUAGUGACUAAUGAUUUAGUGAUCAGACCACACUACGAAUUUUUUCGAUAAUUAAACUCACACAUA